CAAAAAUCGUGAAACCCGACUUAAGCUCUUAUUUGCUUGAGAAACCGGAUCAAAUGCGGAAAACUCAAUUACUUAAUUGCGGUGCAAAUAUACAAAUAGAAAUCAUUGAAAGCGAUGUUAUCAAUUGUUUGGAUAAUUUUAUUGAGUAGUAGUUUGUGUAACUGCCUAGACAAUGGUCUUGCAAAAACUCCCCCAAUGGGAUGGCUGUCGUGGGAAAGAUUUCGAUGUAAUACUGACUGCGUAAACGAUCCUGAUAAUUGCAUAAGUGAACAGCUAUUUCAAACUAUGACUGAUAUUGUCGUCGCUGAUGGAUAUGCUUCUGUUGGCUAUGAAUAUAUUAAUAUUGAUGAUUGCUGGUUAGAAAAGCACCGCAGCCAUGAAGGAAAAUUGGUGGCUGAUCGCAAACGUUUUCCAAAUGGAAUCAAAGCUUUAUCUGAUUAUAUUCAUUCGAGAGGUCUAAAAUUCGGAAUUUAUGAGGACUAUGGUAACUACACUUGUGCAGGUUAUCCUGGAAUUAUUGGCUAUGAAGAGAAGGAUGCACUUCAAUUUGCGGAAUGGAAUGUGGACUACGUAAAGUUAGAUGGAUGCUAUGCACUGCCAUAUGAUAUGGAUCUGGGCUAUUCGACAUUCGGAAGGCUUUUAAAUGGUACCGGAAAAUCAAUGGUCUAUUCGUGCAGCUGGCCUGUAUAUCAAAUAUAUGCUGGAAUACAGCCAAACUAUUCGGCAAUUCAAACUCAUUGCAACCUUUGGAGAAAUUAUGAUGACAUCCAAGACUCCUGGGCAUCUGUCGAAAAUAUUAUCGAUUAUUAUGGUAAUAAUCAAGAUUUAAUAGCUCCUAAUGCGGGGCCUGGGCACUGGAACGAUCCUGACAUGUUAAUUAUUGGAAACUUUGGACUAAGUUAUGAGCAAGCAAAAACACAAUUCGCAAUUUGGUCAAUUCUGGCUGCUCCACUUUUGAUGUCAGUAGAUUUAAGGACGAUUCGUCCGCAAUUUAAACAUAUUCUUCAAAAUAGAAAAAUAAUUGCUGUGGAUCAAGAUCCACUUGGUAUUCAGGGAAGACGAAUUUACAAACACAAAGGAAUUGAGAUUUGGUCAAGACCAAUUGGACCACUUUACCAAAACUUUUACUCUUAUGCAAUCGCCUUUGUAAACAGAAGAACUGAUGGAACUCCUUCAGAUAUAUCGGUUACUUUAAAGGAACUUGGGCUUAUUAAUUACUCUGGAUAUAGAGUAGAGGACCUCUACGAAAAUGUUGACUACGGCGUUUUAUAUCCCAACACCAAAAUCAAAGUAAAAGUAAAUCCCUCUGGAGUGGUUAUGCUUAAAGGAGAGGUUCAGUUUCCAGCUGACUUAUAAUACAAUUUGUUAAACGAGAUCGCCUAAAAAUACCACUAAUUGAUACUAAUUUGUCAAUAAAUAUUAAUUCACCCCUA